CAAAUGUUUGCCGGCUUCAGUAGUUGCGGCUAUUCAGCAGUGUAUUCAUUGAAAUUCGUUACUUAUUAACACGCAUUCGUUUAGCAUUCUUCAGUGGAGUUUUUCCUUUCUUCUGUGUCAAUAAAAUCUCAGUGAAAUAAAAAAAUGCCUAUCGAAGUGGACACUGAAGAUAAACUCGAAUACCGCUUCUACCCGGUUACCAAUCGCAUCGUCAACUUCAAGAUCCGAGCUCCAAAUGACGCACACUUGGCUCUGACCACGGGACCAGCUGAGUCUGAUCCUAUGGUUGAGGUAUUCAUCGGCGGCUGGAAAAAUACCAAAUCCGUCAUCCGGAAGAAUCGCACUAAACCGGAUGUCGUUGAAGCCGACACUCCAGAUGUCCUCAAUGCUGGCGAAUUCCGGGGUUUCUGGAUACGCUGGACUAUGGAUGGCAUCAUUACCGUUGGGCGAGAGGGUGAGGCUGCUGCCUUCCUCUCCUGGCAAGAUCCAGACAACUGCCCAUUCAAUUAUGUGGGCGUUUGCACUGGAUGGGGUGCCAGUGGAUCCUGGAUUAUUGAAGGUGGUCCAGAGAUGAAGACACCCGAUAACCUCAAGUACAACUUUGUACCGGCUCUGGAGCAUGGAUCCGUGACUGUGGAGUUUAAGGGUCCCUCAAACUGCCACAUCGGCCUUAUGGCUCUGCCCAAUGAUACCAAACCCCUCACAGAACUCAUCCUGGGCGGCUGGAAUAAUACAGCCAGCGUGAUUCGUGUGAACCGCGAAUCUCCGGAUCGCGUGCGUGUGGACACUCCGAAUAUCGUGAAUGCUUCCCAUUUCACCACUUUCCACAUCGAGUGGCGCCAUGGGCAUCUGUCUGUGCGUCAGGGAGGCCCCCGAGGACCCUUGGUAAUGGAGGCACCUGAAGCUGUUCGAUUUCCUGUGAGAUUCGUAGCCGUGCGCACCGGAUGGGGUGCCACGGGGAAGUGGAGGAUUCAUUUUGAUGCACAGAGUGGUCAGCUUCCACCUACCCACAUCGCUCCUUUCCCACCUCGUCGAGAUGCUCCAGGAGGUUUGGUUUCGAGCGGAGGAUCUGCCUGCUGGGUUCCAGCAAGUGGUGGUCAGGUGCCCGAAGGAGCUGUAAUGGGUGGUCAUGAUGGAGAACAGCUGUAUGUGGCUCGUGCCAGAUACGGUGGUGGCCUUAUUCCCGGUAAACUCGUGCCUUCUCACGGGGUCUGCUACGUGGCCUGGGGUGGUGGUGAGAAUGCCGUAACGGACUAUGAGGUCCUCUGUGGUGGUGGAAAUUGGGUGACUGGAGCUGGAGAUGCAAUUCCACCCAAUGCCAUGCCAGGUGGUGAAACUGAAGAGGGUGAGCCUCUCUUCAUUGGCCGAGCAAAUCAUGAGGGUACCAUCACAGUGGGAAAGGUACAGCCAUCUCAUGGAUGCGUCUACAUUCCGUACGGAGGCCAGGAACUCCGAUACGAUCAAUACGAAAUCUUUGUUCAGUGAAUCUAGCACUACUCAUCAUUUAUUUACGUUGAUCCUCUUUGAAUCUCUUUUCUAUUAAAUAUACGCUAAAACGCAAAAUUUAUAGAUUUUGUAGUCGGUUAUAAAAAAAAAUGAUAAAUUUUCUAAAGUUUUUUUUUGGAAAGCUGUAUUAUUUAAAAAAUGUAAUUGCUGAAGCAAUAAAUGCACAAAAUGUAUGUUAGA